GUUGUCCUAACAAAAAAAGAAAAAGAGGGAGGAAAAAAAUGCACGCUCGGCGAGAGUCCGCUAAAAUCCGUCACCUCUGCCAUAGACUUGCUUCCUCCUUCGGCAGCUCACCGGAGGCACAGGCAUCGCCGUCGGACUGCGACGGCGCUGACCCACGCGCCACCGUUUCAAAGCUUCGGCCGCCGCUUGCCACAUCUCAAAAGUUCAGAAACACACCCGUCGCCACGACAGAGCGAGAGCCUUCAAUUCUGCCGUCGUUUUCCUUCGAUCUCAUCAUCAUCGUCUCUCCCCAACCACCAAGGGUCCCACCCCAUCUCGCGGAGUCUUCCUGUUUCUGAAACCCUAUACGUACGAGCCGCCACCUGGCCCUCUAAUUCCGCGCCGUUUCAGAUGCUGCCACCGCGAGGAUCCGUUCUCCUUAUCGGCGCAAUCGUAGAACACGAUAGCCAUACCGCACAGUCGCUUCACGAAGAGACGAAAUUGAUAAUGACUGUAAACUUUUCGAAUGUCUUGAAUGCAUUCGUCAAUGGAUGUUUCAGACGGAAUUUCUAUCUAAUUAGAGAUUUCCCUAACGCUAAUCCAUGCGGUUUGAGUGGAGCAAUGGCUGGAAUUCUCAUUUCUUUACGAGCAAAGUAAAUUACAUGGCUGUCUUAGUUGGUAGAGAACUAGAAUAUAUGCACACUACAGAGAAUGAGUGGAGCCAACUGAAACUAGAUCUUCUCACUCUGUCUCUAGCCAUGGAGGUUUUCAUGGCAAUAUGUUUACUUUCUGUUUUCUAUGCUUUCUUCUGCAUUUGGAAGCUGAUUCUGCGAAGGAGAGAUCAGUGCUGCUAUCUGUUGGGGUAUGAGUGCUAUAAAGCUACUGAAGACAGGAAGUUGAGGAUGGAGUCCUGUGUAAAUAUCAUCUUGAGGAACAAGAAUCUGGGACUUGAAGAAUACCGAUACCUGCUCAGAAGCAUGGUCAACUCGGGAUUAGGCAGCGAAACCUAUGGCCCAAGAAAUGUAAUUGCAGGCAGAGAAGAAUGCCCUUCUCUGUCAGAUGCUAUUUCUGAGAUGGAUGACGUGUUUUCAAGCACACUCGACGAACUGUUUGCCAAGACGGGAGUUUCCCCAUCUGACAUAGACAUACUCAUUGUGAAUGUGUCUUUGUUCUCCCCAGUACCCUCGUUGACUGCUUGGGUAAUAAACCGUUACAAGAUGAAGGAAGACAUCAAAGCAUUCAAUCUCUCUGGGAUGGGUUGCAGUGCAAGUAUUGUUGCUAUUGAUCUUGUGAAACACUUGUUCAAGACAAACAGGAAUGCUUAUGCUGUUGUUGUAAGUACAGAAUCUAUAGGACCAAACUGGUAUAGCGGGAAGGAACAGCCGAUGAUGCUCACGAACUGUUUGUACCGUUCAGGGGGCUGUUCGAUGCUCCUGACAAACAAUGCAGCUUUGAAGCAUUCUGCUCUGCUGAAACUGAAAUGCAUUCUUCGAACGCAUCUAGGAUCAAGUAACGAAGCAUAUGGAUGUUCCAUACAAGUGGAAGAUGACCAUGGCCAUCGAGGUUUUCGUCUCACCAAACACAUAAAAGCUGUUGCAACUCAAGCUCUCACCAUCAACCUCCAAAGGCUACUGCCUAGAAUCUUACCACUGAGGGAACUACUUCGCUAUACCAUCCUAACUCAUCCGCUCUGCAAAGUCAUCAACCCCAACAUCGAGGCAAAAAAAGUGCGCUUGAAUCUCAAGAGUGGAGUUGACCACUUCGGGAUACCGCCGACUGAAAGGGCAGUCAUCGAUGGGCUCGGUAGGAGCUUGGGUCUGAGUGAUUAUGACCUAGAGCCUGCUAGAAUGGCACUCCAUAGAUUUGGAAACACAUCCACUGGUGGCCUCUGGUAUGUUUUGGGCUAUAUGGAAGCCAAAAAAAGGCUCAAAAAGGGUAACAAGAUUAUGAUGAUAAGCUUUGGAGCAGGCUACGAAUGCAACAGCUGUGUGUGGGAGGUUAUGAGCAACUUGAAAGAUGAAAAUGUCUGGAAAGACUGCAUCCAGAGCUACCCUGCAAAAACCACUGUGAAUCCGCUUGCAGAGAAGUGUGGUUGGAUCAAUGACGAGCGUCUAUCAUUUGUCAAGUUCGACGACAUAAAACGAAAUCUACAGCAACAAAUUCUUUGAAGAAGAAAAGGUCUGUUUUCCUCUGCACUUCAUCUUUCUCCGUUUCUACAAAUUUAGUGAGCUGAAGUUUCUGGUUUUAGAGGUUUUAUGACUACUAUAUGUUUUGCUUGUAAAAGAUUGGUUGUUUUUGUUGCUGCUUUAUUUACUUGAGCGAUGAAAAAUGCUAGAAAUGGCAAUCACAAGGUGUUUUCCUGCAGCUUCCAACUUUUCUAACUUCAAAAUUUUCUACUGAAUUAAUGAAUUAAGCUUAGUGAACGGU